ACUAAUGACUGCCAGUGACUCAGAGCCUCCCGGGGCUUCGGGUGCCCAUCCGCGGUUCUCCCUGCCCCCGGGGGGUCACAGCUGCGGGGGGCGGGCAGGGAGGCGGGGGGCGGGAGCGAAUGACAAAGGGGAUCCUCCAAGGGAGCGACCCAGAGACAAGCUGCUAAGUGGGGUCCGGAGAGCGGCACUCGGGGAGGGUGUCUCCAGCCCGAGUGUCCCGCGGCGCCCGCCAACCCGCUUCCGGACUGACCUGAGCAAGGUCUCAGCAGUCCCAUCUCUGCGGGAGGCACGCAACGGACCGCAGGGAGCUCAGACGCCGGUGGGCGCCGCCAGGCGGGGAGGCCGCCCAAGGGCGGGGCCGGCGUCGCGCACACCUGGGGCUGGGGGCGGCCACAGUCGGCCUCGAAGCCACAGCCCGUACCCCGACCGCACGCGCCCAGCCAACGAGUGCCAGGUGCUGGGCUGCACAGGAACACGGGAAGGCGGCCCCAGACCCGGCGGGAACGUCUUUCCCGCAGGGCCAGGCCCCGGCCCCGCCUGGGAAGCUCGUCUUGCGAGGCCGAGGGAGCGCGGACCGGAAGGGGCCGAGGCUGCACCGGCCUCUGCCAGACCGCUCAGGAGGGCCUCCCGGCCUGGGUUUACCGUGCUGUUAGGAAAAUUAACCGACGAAUAAAGCGACAUUCAGUGCGCAGGGAGUGAAAUUCAAUGCCCACCGCUUGCGUCCUCGCCGCCUCUCACUCAAGAGGCCCAAACUUAAGCGGCCUCAAGAGCCCAGCGGCGGCCACUACGUAGGGCGCAAGCGCAGAAACCCUCUUCGGCUCCCCAGCAGGAGCUUUCCCAUCGGGCCGCGUCCAGCUUGCCUUCUGAUUGGCCCAGUGGGCAGGGGCUCUUCCGCCAUCUUUGAUCAGGGCAUGAAGGACGCUCCUGACCGCCUUCACAAUGAGGGCGGAGGCCCCGCCCCACCAGCUGCUCAGUACGUGCCGCGUCGCCCGUGCGCGCCAAGUGUGAGUCGAAGCGAGUGCCCGCGGAGCUUGCGGUGGGCCCAGAGUGAGAGGGAGGCGGAGGCGGAGGAGCAGCAGUCACGUGGUUUUAGGGACUGUCUAAUAAUUCCACGCCAAUAUGGCGUGUGUUUCAGGGGCUGGGGACCGCUGCAUCCGCACAAACCUUUCUCCCACGAACAAACCACUCGCCUCUUCGGCCCCCGGCCCCACACUACAAGCCCAGCUCCGCUGGAGGUAACUGCUGACCGGACUGUCCCAUACGGCGCUACAAGACUGAGGCGCCUAGGGCUGAAAGUGGGGGUCUCAAUAGGGAGUCAGGGUUACUCAUUUUCCCUACCUUUAUCUGAUGAGAAUAAGAGCUAACUCUUAAUGAGGGCUGCCGGGUAUCAUGCAAAAACCCUGUGCUUACUAUUAUUCUUCGGGUCGUUGCAAAGAUUAAAGGAAAUAAGCAGUGCAAAGCGCUUAACAGCUUGGCAUAAGUAAGUGCUCCUCAGUGUUGGCUGCUCUCAUUUAUUUGCAGUCGUGGGAACUGGAUUUCAGGAAGGCUAACAGCCAAUAGGCGGCACGGCUGGGAUUUGAACCCAGGAUUGUCUCCAACGCCGCUCAGUUAUACAAGCCAGGGAGUCACAGAGACCUAGUGAAGUGCACACAUUGCCCACCUGGGUAAACUGAGGUCCAGCAGGGGAAGGUUUCCUCCUGUUGUAAUCACUAACCUUGCCCGAUUCGUUCAUUCAUUCGUUCACCCAUUCAUUCAACAUCCUGUCUCCGAGAGGCUCAGUCAGAGGACACACUGAAUCCAGUUAGAUCCGAGCGCUUCCCAGCUAUAUAUGGCGCCUGCUGAGAAGGGACUGCAGAGUCCAGGCACCCACCUUCCAGGCGCUCACCGUUCACGCCUUUGGCCUCAUUUACUGAGCUCGCGUUAAGAGCCUGAGAUCUGGAUCCACACUGUUUGGAUUCAAAUCCUGACUUCACCACUUAGCAGCUGUGUGUUCUGGGAAAGUGACCCUCCUUCUCUGUGCUUCCAUUUUCUAACUUGUAAAACGGGAUGCCAGUCUGGGGGGAGGGGUUUAAAGGUGUUAGCCAUGCAGAAUUAUUUAGCGAACAUCCAGACUGGCAAUAAACAAUAAAUGGUGACUGUUAUCAUUAA